AUGGAGGCGGAGGGUCCAUCCCCACGCCGGGUUGCAUUGCUCAUCUUCUCUCUUCUUCAUCUUCUAUCUCUCUCAUUUGGCUUUGAGAUUAAGGAAGCCACAGUUAGCCAGAUUCAGCAGGCCUUCAAGCGCAAGGAGCUCACAUCGAAAGACCUCUUCGAGUUCUAUCUCCGAGAAAUUAACGGGCUCAAUCCGCUUCUACGUGCAGUGCUCGAAGUGAACCCAGAUGCAUUGGACCAGGCCGACGAGGCCGACAAAGAGAGAGAGGCCACAUAUGGAGAAUGCGCCGAAGGGUUACAUGGGAUACCGGUGCUGCUAAAGGGUAACAUAGCGACGUGGGACCGGCUCAACACCACAGCUGGAUCACUCGCGUUGCUUGGCUCGGUGGUGCCACGAGAUGCAGGGGUGGUUGGGAGGCUGAGGGCUGCAGGGGCUAUCAUUUUGUGGAAGGCGAGCAUGAGCGAGUGGGCGGAGUUUAGGUCCGUUGAGGUGACUAUGGGGUGGAAUGCAAUUGGUGGUCAGCCUAAGAACCCCUAUGUCCUGUUGGCUAACCCAUCUGGAUCGAGCACUGGGUCAGCGAUAAGUGCUGCAACAAAUCUAGCAACUGUAACUUUAGGCAUCGAAACUGAUGGCUCCAUCAUUACUCCAUCAAGUGCUAACAGCGUAGUUGGGAUCAAGCCCACUCUUGGCCUCACUAGUAGAGCUGGAGUUAUUCUUAUAUCUCCUCGACAAGACAAUGUUGGGCCAAUUUGUCGAACUGUAUUUGAUGCAGUGUUUGUUUUGAAUGAAAUUGUUGGUUUUGAUCAAAGGGACAAGAAAGCUACAAUAGCAGCAUCCAAGUUCAUACCUGCUGGGGGUUACAAGCAAUUUCUCAAGGCAGAGGGUCUUAGAGGGAAAAGAUUGGGGAUCCUGAGACGGCCUUUCUUCAAUUUCUCAGGGACAUCUGUGUCAGCACAGACGUUCGAAACCCAUUUUAAAACAUUAAGGCAAAAGGGAACCAUUCUGGUAUAUAACAUAGAAAUAUCAAAUAUUAAUGUCAUUUUGGAUGUUCGAGAGAGCGGAGAAGGGUUGGCAUUGCUCUAUGAGUUCAAAAAGGCAUUGAAUGCUUACUUGUCUGAGCUACUGGUUUCUCCUGUUAGGACAUUGGGAGAUGUGAUUGCUUUCAAUUUAAAGCAUUCAAAAGAGGAGAAGCUGAAAGAGUAUGGACAAGACAUAUUCAUACUGGCUGAGAGCUUAAACAGGUCAAACAGUAGCCAAGUGAAAAGGGCCAUAUCAAAUCUCAAAGAGUUAUCAAGAAAUGGUAUUGUGAACGUGAUAAGGGAGAAGAAAUUAGAUGCUAUUCUGGCUCCUGCUAAUACUCCAGUCUAUACCAUAUUAGCAAUUGGAGGUUAUCCUGGGAUUACUGUGCCUGCUGGCUAUGACGAGGAAGGUGUGCCAUUUGGGAUUUGUUUUGGUGGACUCAGGGGCUCAGAGCCCAAGUUGAUUGAGAUCGCCUAUUCUUUUGAGCAAGCAACACACAUUAGAAGGCCUCCAUCCUUCAAGUCUUGA